AUGUCGGGCACACAUCUCGACCCCGCAUCGACGACUACAGCACCGUCGUUAUCAUCAUCAGCCACAACAAGCAGACCUGCAGCAGAAUCAUCUGAAGCACGCAAGGUAUCCUUUCAGCAACCCCGCCCUGAUGCAACUCCGAGCCGGUCUUCCUCCUCGGCACAUCUAGCAGCAUCCGGCGCUUCAGGCUCCAGCCAGGCAGGUAUAGGCUCACAAGCUUACUCCGCCUACUCUGGCGUCACCCGCAGACACUCGCUAUUCGGUACAGAGGACCGAGUGAUUCUCGACAUCGGCAGUAGAUACUCCAAGUUCGGGUUCAGUGGCGAGCCUCGACCUCGAGCCAUUGUACCGUCUGUCGCGUUUGCACAGCCAUCGACUUCCUACCUUCGCCUCGACGCUUCCUCCUCAGAUGAUCCCUACGCUACAGGCGACACCCUCUGGGAUCUCGACUUCGAACGAUGUCGGGACGACCAGUUGCGACGUGGCAAGCGUGCGCUACUACUUGCUCAGCUCACGCAGCUCCUCCGGAAUGCCUUCACGCAGCAUCUCAUGGUAGAUCCAAAGCAGCGUAAGGUGCUGGUGGUUGAGAAUCCGAUGCUGCCCACGUCAGUCAAGGAGAUGAUCUGCAAGGUGCUGUUCGACAACCUUCAAGUUCCAUCCGUGUCCUUUGUGCCGGCACCUCUGCUGAGCCUGUUGGCGGUGGGAAGAAUAACAGGUCUCGUGCUGGAAGUUGGAUAUCUGGAGACGACAUUGAUGCCGGUGUACUAUGGAAGGCCGUUGACGAGUCAUACGGUUUCGAGCUCGAGGGCGGGCAAGAGACUCAAUGCGAGGUUGAAAGCAUUGUUGCUGAGGUAUGGAAAGUUCGUGGCUGCGCAGAAUGGGUUGCAGGACUCAGCAAAGUCUUUGAAGGAGAGGACGCGGUCCAUUGAUCCGGUGCUGUUGACGGACGAGAGACUGGAGCAGAUCAAGGCGAAAGCGCUGUUCGUGAGCUCGUACGAUUCGGCACUCGAGGCAAUGCAGGAGCUCUUCUCUGUCCUCGAGCAUGACCCGUCAGAAGCUCCAAACCAAACAAGUAUUGCAGAGUCAAAGGCAGCAGCGGCAAAGUCGAUCCGCCAGAAGUAUUCUGCGGCAUCAAGCGCAACUCCUUUCACGUUCGCUAUCACACCAGAGUCAGUGGAUCCGAACAGCACUGCAUCACUCAUCCAAAGCGUUCAAGCGCAACCCUCGACAUCCACAUCAACGUUAACCCCAGUCUUGUCAUCAUCACUCCAGAAGAACCGUGUGUCAGGCGUUAUUGCAAUAUCAGGAUGGGUCCGCGAACGAGCUGCAGAGCUUCUCUUCGAACAAGGCGAUCACGAUGACCCGGGACUUAUGGACAUGACAGUCAGCGCUAUUGCGAGGCUUCCGAUCGAUUUGCGAAGAGUCAUGUGUCAGACCGCACUGGUAUCGGGCGGAACAGCGAUGCUUCCUGGCUUUGCUAAUCGCUUCCGUUCACAACUGGCUUUGGCGAUAGAGAAAGCUGAGCAGCCAGGAGGAGAGCUUUCCAUCGAUCGACACACCCGGCGAAUCAAACCAGAUCAGGAUGGGAAGAACAAGAAGACCAAUGAGGAUGGGUCAAAGCUACACCGCUCAGUAGCAGGGUUGAAUGAUCCUUGGCCAGACGUGACACGAUCUCAAUCAAGCAAGACCGGAAAGGGUAGCACGGAAGGUGGAUCAGCGCCAGCAUUCGCAGCUAACCUGUUACCUUGGAUGGGGGCGUCGCUUGCAGGAGCGCUCAAGACAACUUCGCUUAACGCUAUCUCGCGUGAAGCUUAUGACGAGGCGACAAAGACGGUUCAAGAUGAAACAGAGACGGCUCAGGAGGAUGCAGAUCAAGAAAAAGAGAAUCUCAAGGAGAAGGGCGCUAAAGCGAACAGACCAGCAAUGUCGGCGGCUAGCAAGCGAGGCUCUUUCGUAGGUGUUGUCGGAGGGUUGGAGACUGGCGCUUAUGGAGGACUGGCUGCUGUGAGCAGACAUCUGGUUGGUGUGCCAGGUGGAGCAGGAAGUGGGAGCAGCGGUGCGAAUCAGAGCAAGUCUGCCAGGCCCAGUUCCACUACUAGCUCUUCGGCUGCCAAAUCUCCCUCCGAUGUGCCGUAA